ACUCGUGUGUUGCUUUUAUUUUGGUACAUUUUGUUGGUCGGAACCAUUUGAGAGAGGGACCGGAAGCUGUCAGCUGUGAACACCGCAUCAACUGCAAUGAGUUUUGAGUGGCCCUGGCAAUAUAACUUCCCUCCGUUUUUCACGUUACAGCCCAAUGUUGACACGAGACAGAAGCAGCUGGCGGCCUGGUGUUCCCUGGCCCUGUCCUACUGCCGGCACCACAAGCUCUACACCCUGGACGUCAUGGAGGCUCAGGAGAGCCCCGUGUUCAACAACAAGAAGAUAGAACGAAAACUGUCAAUGGAAGCAAUUCAGGUUGUGUUUGAGGAAUUGAGGAAAAAAGGGAACCUCGAAUGGUUGGACAAAAACAAGUCUCGGUGUUUAGUGAUGUGGAGACGACCGGAGGAAUGGGGAAAACUAAUAUACCAGUGGGUUUCCAAAAACGGGAUGGUCAACUCUGUGUUUACACUUUACGAGUUGUCUAACGGUGACGACACAGAAGGUGAAGAGUUCCACGGGUUAGAGGAGUGGAUGCUGCUGCGCUCGCUGCAGGCGCUACAGACAGACGGCAAAGCGGAGCUCAUCACCAUGGACGACAGCAAGGGCGUCAAGUUCUUUUGAAACGGUGCUGGAGUCACACUCACUGUCUGGGAGCCCUCUUUACUUUACCUCACAGGCAGUUUUUACAGAUUCAGCCGUUCAGGGCGACACAAGCUGCACCUCAAAGCCCAGCCCCGGGGGUCGCUGGGCCUGCAAGUUGUUGUUGCCUUUUUUUUUUUGCUUUCUUAUUGGAAGAGAACCAAUAUCAUUUCUAAGUGACACGGCGUUUAACGUAGUCACAGGUAACAUGCAACGGGCCUUUCAGGGGACUAAAUACUAUCAAUACUGAAUACUCCUGGGGAAACUCUCCCCACCAGCUGUAACUUUUACUCUUUUCUUUCUUGUAAAUAGUUUUAUUCUGAUUUUUUCCCCUACUAACAAAUUUCCUCGGUAUAUAAUUAGCUCUGGACCUCAGCUGUUGACAUCCCAAAGAAAUCCCCGAACGCAACACCAGAGGGACUUUUUAUUUUGAGAAUGACUGCUUCCAGAAGAGGAGCGGCGCCGUGGGGAAACGGACCACCAAUCCCAGCUCGAUCAGCUGAGUGUUAAUAAUAGUGGACUUCAUGUACAGAUUGCUGUCAUCCUCCUAUUGUGCAGUGGCUACUGUGACACUCCUGUUAUACUCUCUCUCUCUCUCUGUCUUUUUUCAUAUCCUGUAGGAAAAUAAAUUGGAAAUUUGCUA